AUGAAAAGAGGAGUACUGAAGUUUGUGGCCUCUCCAAUGAAUGGAGGAAAGACGACAAACAUGUUGCUGAGGGCGAAGCGAGCGAGUAUCCUAGGGUGGAAGGUGCUGCUGGCAAAGCCCCAGGUUGAUACCAGGCACAAGAGCACAGUGAUAAGAUCGCGAUGCGGUGCUGAAAUGGAGUGUAACCUGUGUGUCGAUUCCCAAUUCAACUUCGCAAAGGAUAUUUCAUACAAGGACGUUGAUAUUCUGUUUGUGGAUGAGGCGCAGUUUCUGAGCGCCCGGCAGAUAGAGGAGCUAAGGGAGGUUGUGGAUGUCCAUGGAAUUUCAGUGUGGUGCUAUGGCCUCCUCACAGACUUCAAGAAGAAUCUGUUUGCGGGGUCAAAGCGGUUAGUUGAGUUGUGUGACAAGAUGUAUGAGCUUGACGUUCUAUGCUGCUUCUGUUCCGAAAGCGGAAGGUUUCAUUUGAAGUAUGCUGAUGGGAAGGCGGAUGUGUCUGGGCCAUCAAUUGACGUCAGUACUCCUGGGAAUGAUAAGUUUGUUUCUGUGUGCCACAAGUGCUGGAUGGAAAAGAUGUCGGCAUCUGAAGAGAAGGAAUGUGCCCGGCUUUUCUGCAACGAAGGUGUUUCUGUGGAUAAGGCGGUGGAGAUAAAUGGAUAA